AUCAAUAAGCAACUUGCUAGUGUGGAGUGUGGAUUUCUUUCUCUGAUAUUAUUGGUGUUUACACAAAUAACUAGUGAUAUUAACUACUUGUACCUGUUGAAAAGAACUGAUCACUAUUUUUGGAAAAAUAUUACUUCAGGCAUUUCAGAAUUACUUAAAUCAAGCAAACUUUGUCACAGGAAGGAAAAAAACACCAUACUAUUUCCAUAUUCACAUUCCUUUCUAAAGCACAUUUUAUGUGAAAUACUAUCCUGUCCUUGUCAAGGACAAUAUACAAAAAGGUAGUGGGAAGUGCAUGUGAAGAUGUCGGAACAUGAUCAUAUGCUUUCUAAUCAAACUAAGUAUAAAUACUCUGAAGAUGAAUAUGAGGAAGAUGAAAUCACAACCCUCAUUCCUGAUGCAGAAAAGUCUCUUUCACGAGUCGGCAACAAUGACUGGUGUCUGUGUGGUAGCUGUGCAAGGAUGGAGACUGAAGCAGAGUCCAUAUGUUGCCAGGAACAACCACCUGUACUGCUCAGACUAAUGCAGUGGAAUCAGCAAGGCUCCUGUGUGGUGCAUCACCCUUUUUUUGUCUCUGUAUGUCUCAACCCAUAUGCUCUUCAAACUAUCUACAGCAGGGAUAAGACACUCUUUGGUUCACUCUUCCAUAAACCUCUGCAUGAAAAAUACCAAAUCACAGCCUACCGCACGUUCAAUGACUACUUUUUCAACAGUUUAAGAGGCAGUAUUACAAUUCCUCUACCCAGCUGUGUCCUUAAUACAGUCAGAAAAGCUUUCCCAAAGGAUGCUGCCAUUGGCAGCUUCCCUGGAUACUGUGAAUUGUAGUCAUAAAUGGAAAUAAACUAAUAUUUAC